UCUCUGUCUUCCCGCUCAUCUCACUCUCUCAAUCUUUCUCUCUCUUCCCGCGCAUCUCUCUCUCUAAAAAAUUUCGCACUCGUCUUUACUUUUGCAAAUAUCUCAUCACUAUGCAUUUUCGAGUUUGAGCUUCGCUCUCUGUACCUCUGAAAACAACCGAGCGUCCAAGUGUUGUCUCUCUCUCUCGAACAAUGGAAAUGGAAGCCGGAGAAACCCUAACAAUGGGAAUGGAAGCGGAGGACCUUUCUCUCUCAUCAGAGAAGCCCCCUGCAAUGGCAAUGGAACCCCCAAAAAUCCAUCGCCUCGAGCCCUCUGUUGUGAAUAGAAUAGCGGCCGGUGAAGUAAUCCAGAGGCCUACUUCUUCUGUAAAAGAGCUUGUGGAGAAUAGUCUCGAUGCUGGUUCCACUUCGAUCAGUGUCGUAGUAAAGGAUGGAGGCCUCAAGCUUAUCCAGGUCUCCGAUAACGGCCAUGGAAUUAGAUUUGAAGAUCUGCCAAUACUUUGUGAACGGCAUACCACAUCAAAACUAUCGGCUUAUGAAGAUCUCCAAAGUAUAAAAUCUAUGGGUUUCAGAGGAGAGGCAUUGGCCAGCAUGACCUUUGUUGGCCAUGUUACUGUAACCACAAUUACUGAAGGCCAGAUGCAUGGGUACAGGGUAUCAUAUCGAGAUGGAGUGAUGGAACAUGAACCUCGGCCAUGUGCAGCAGUGAAAGGAACACAGAUAAUGGUUGAAAACUUAUUCUAUAAUAUGACUGCUCGAAGGAAAACUCUGCAGAGUUCUAAUGAUGAUUAUACAAAGAUAGUAGAUUUGAUUAGUCGUUUUGCAAUUCAUAAUGUGGAUGUGAGCUUCUCUUGCAGAAAGCAUGGUAUGAACAGAGCAGAUGUUCAUACUUCAGGCUCAUGUUCAAGGCUAGAUGCCAUCAGAUCAGUCUAUGGACUUGCAGUUGCUCGUGAUCUAAUGGAAAUCACUGCUUCUGAUGAUGAUCCUUCUAGGUCUAUAUUUAAUAUGAAUGGCUUUAUCUCCAAUGCCAACUACAUUGCAAAGAAGACAACCAUGGUUCUAUACAUAAAUGAUAGAUUAGUUGAAUGCACAGCUUUAAAGCGAGCUAUUGAAAUCAUCUAUGCUGCAACCUUGCCCAAAGCAUCAAAACCGUUCAUCUAUAUGUCAAUCAUAUUGCCAUCUGAGCACGUGGAUGUGAAUGUACAUCCUACCAAACGGGAGGUGAGCCUUUUGAAUCAAGAAAAUAUCGUUGAAAGCAUGCAAGGGGCAAUCGAAUCAAAGCUGAUGAGCUCUAACACAACAAGGAUGUUUCAAACACAGACUGUAUGCCCCAGUGCAUCUGGUGCCCUUGUUGCACACAAAGAUGCGCAAUUGAGUCAAUCAUCUGGGUCAAAAACUCAGAAAGUUCCUGUCCAUAAAAUGGUGAGGACUGAUUCUCUUGAUCCAGUUGGAAGACUACAUACGUACUUGCAAGUUAAGCCUCUUGGAUCGCAAGAAAAUAAAACUGACUUGGCCUCUGUAAGAUCUGCUAUCCGUCAACGACGUAAUCCAAAGGAAAGUUCAGAUUUGACAAGUAUCCAGGAGCUGCUUGAAGAGAUUGAUGCUAACACUCAUGCAGGUCUCCUUGAAAUUGUAAAACAAUGUACAUAUAUUGGAAUGGCUGACAAUGUCUUGGCUUUGCUUCAACACAAUACACGUCUUUACCUUGUGAAUGUCGUGAAGCUGAGCAAAGAACUCAUGUAUCAGCAUGCUCUACGACGGUUUUCUCAUUUCAAUGCCAUACAACUUAGCAAUCCUGCCCCUCUAUAUGAAUUACUUAUGAUGGCACUUGAAGAAGAUGAACUGGCAUGUGAGGGUGAUGGCCCCAAAGAGGAAAUUGCACGACGAUCUUGUGAUCAGACAUAUGUAGAAUUGCUCAAAGAAAACGCUGAGUUGCUUCAAGAUUAUUUCUGUAUUCAAAUUGAUCAAGAAGGAAAUCUGCAAAAGCUCCCCGUUGUACUUGACCAGCACUCACCUGAUAUGGAUCAUCUUCCACAAUUUGUGUGCAGCCUGAGUAAUGAUGUUAAUUGGGACACCGAAAAGGAAUGCUUUCAAACUAUUGCUGCUGUUCUUGGGAACUUCUAUGCGAUGCAUUUGCCUCUGUUGCCCAACCCGUCAGGAGAUGGCCUCCAAUUCUAUGAGCAGCAAACUCAGUCCAAGACUAUUCGGGGUAAAGGAAGUGAAGUCUUAACUACAGAUGAACCUAAUGAGCGGGACUUAAUCAGUGAAGCUGAAACUGCAUGGGCACAAAGAGAAUGGGCCAUUCAGCAUGUUUUAUUCCCAUCCAUGCGACUGUUUCUGAAGCCUCCAAAUCGAAUGGCUACUGAUGGGACAUUUGUACAGGUUGCUUCGCUUGAGAAAUUGUAUAAGAUUUUUGAGAGAUGCUGAGGACAUUCACUGAUCAUUCCUCAAAUUCAAGUCCAAUUUCUUCUUGUCUUACUAAAAGAAUUUUGCAGUUGUAUAUUAGCCUUUCGGAUACUUGUAAAUUUUCAGGGAAAGGAAAGAUUAAAAUUGAGUUUUUUGUUCAUUGUGUGAAAUAUAGAAAAGAGAGAUCUAGGUAGAUUGUUCCAUUCCAUAAUCCCAACUAGCUGAACUUGUCGAAUAGAGCUUUUUGGAUUC